CAUCGUAUCGUAGUCCUCGGAUCCAAGAAAAAGAUCAAGAUAUAAGCUACCUCACAAUGGCAAUCGGAGGAAUCGCACUCACACUAGCCGUCAGCGCUGCGGUACGACAAUUCAGAAAAUGGUCUUUAGAGUCGGAACAAGCAAAGCCAAACAGAGACACCUAUGUGCCGCCGCCGUCACAAAGAGAUGCAGGAAAUGACGCUGUUGCCGAACAGCUCCGCCAAGUCAAGAUGCUGCUGUUGGUGGUUUGUUUGCUGUUGGCUGGAAUAUUGUAUUCUUGGUCGGGGUCUAAGGGACUGUGACUACGAGAUGGAUCGGGUGUGCAACUUGCCAUGUCAGCUCCUGCAGCACAGACAUCGUUGAUACUGCUUAGUGCGCUGCGUCUGUUGGGCAGAAUGGUAGUCUACGUGUUUUCCCUUUGUGAGGCGCUAGUGGGCUUUCUUGGGGGUGGGCUAUGCGGGAUGGAUAGGAAACUUGGUACACCGGCGGUUUGUUUCUGGCUUGCGUUGCAGCUGUGUAAGACUGCGGUGAUGUAUUCGACUGGAUUGUCAUGGCUAUGGGUGGUUCCUACGGUGGGUUUUGUUAUGCGGUAGUUUUAUGGGAUAUGGAAUGUUGACUUUCC